AUGAGAUUUUCUACGCGUUACACGAUUGUCAUUCUAACUUUCAUCAGCACUACUGUUUUCUACAUAGAACGCGUAGGCUUCUCAAUUGCAUACACUUCUGCUGCUGAUGCUGCUGGUGUAAAUCAAUCAAACAAAGGCAUAGUACUUACUACAUUCUAUUGUGGUUAUGCUUGUUCGCAAAUUCCAGGAGGAUGGUUAGCUCAGAGAAUAGGGGGCAGGCGUGUUCUCCUCGUCUCGUUCAUGCUAUGGUCAUCAAUCUGUUUUUUAGUCCCAUUAGAAGCUAAUCCUACUACCAUCCUAGUAAUCUCCCGAAUUCUUGUUGGUGUGGUGCAAGGAUUCAUUUUCCCCUCGAUCCACAAUGUUUUAGCCCAGUGGGUUCCUCCUCAGGAAAGAUCUCGAUCUGUUUCUCUCACAACGUCUGGUAUGUACCUUGGUGCAGCUAUAGCAACGCUUAUACUUCCUAGUCUGGUGAAGUAUAAAGGCCCUCAACAUGCAUUUCUCGCUGAAGCAGCAUUAGGUGCUAUAUGGUCCUUGCUUUGGUUCAUUUAUGGUACCGACCCUCCAAGGCUUGAACAUCCAAGAGCAACUGCUGCAGGUUCCGGGGACUCUUUUUUGCCAAUCAAAGAAAACGAAGGAGGUUCUUUUAAGGACUGUUACAAUCCCUUGGAAGAGACUUUUUAUAUGGGUUCUUCCAAAAUGAUGCCUUACCUAAAUAUGUUUAUCUUCUCAAAUAUUGGUGGGGUCAUUGCUGAUCAUUUGAUCUCCAAGAGAGUCUUGUCUGUCACUAAAACCCGGAAAUUCUUGAACACUUUCGGCUUUAUAGUUGCUUCUCUUGCACUGAUAGGACUUCCUUUCUUUACAACUUCUGGCGGGGCUGUAUUUUGCUCUGCAUUGUCUCUUGGUUUUUUGGCUUUGGGUAGAGCUGGGUUUGCAGUGAAUCACAUGGAUAUAGCUCCAAGAUAUGCAGGAAUAGUGAUGGGAAUUUCUAAUACUGCUGGAACUUUAGCUGGAGUUAUUGGAGUUGCUUUCACUGGCAAGCUUCUUGAAGCAGCUAAAGCUGCUCAUAUGGAACUUUCAAAUCCUGAAAGCUGGACUGCAGUGUUUCUCAUACCAGGGUUGCUCUGCAUUGUCAGUUCUAUCCUGUUCUUGCUAUUUUCAACUGGGGAGAGGAUUUUUGACUGA